UCCGGCCAACGGAGCUCCUCGAUAAGGUCAGGGUCGAGCGGAAUGAACAUGUACUGAGGGAGGGGAUAUGUUUGAGCAACAAGUUAUGACAAGUUAUUUUCCUUGCGUUUAUAUACCUGAUGUUACUAGUAUUCAGAGACGUGUGUAUGUGAGGUGUUACUGAUUUACUGAGUUUCAAGGACGAAAAUCUAUUUUUAAAAAUGAUGGCUCCAAAAAUGUCCAACCACGUGUUGUCAGUAUGUAUAUUCUGCUUUAUAUGCGCCACACAUACGCCUUGUGCGUCGCAUGCAGCUGUUAAACACCACUCCUUCCACCACAAGGAGUAUAGCGAUCCUAUGUAUUCACCGCUUAUAGAAAAAUUCCACGAUUCUCACCGUGACAAUAUACCGAAUCUCGGUAAAAACUCUAACAAUAUUAAAGGAAUAAAUCAUCGAAAAGUAAAACGGAGCAGUGACAGUAACAAUAAAAGCGAUAGUGUAAAUAAUAGUGAUAGUGAUCAAGAUCAUCUUAGAAAAAUAUUUUUAAAAUACGGCGACGGGGAUUUUAUGACGAAAGAAGGUUUCAAAAAGUUCCUAGGGGAUUUGAAUUUGUCACAGUUUGUGAUUAAGGACGAAAAUCACCACCAACAUGAGGACCACGAUAAUAAAGAUACACACGAUUAUUUAGAGGAAAAAAAUACUACUUGUUUUGAGAUCCAACAAAUUUCAACACCAGUAGCAUUAGAAUCUUCAGAUGAAAAAAUUAAUGAAACAUCUUUCUACAAAAUGUGCCCCAUUCUAUUGUACAAUUUAGUAAAUAAAGACUGCAUUAAAAUAAUUGAUGAUCACCAUAUUAUGGAAGACGAAAAUGCCCCAGUGAAUAAUAGUUUUGUAUGGAUGUGUUCCAUACUCGCUAUUGUAAUUAUAAGUGCGUGUGGAGUUCUAUCGUUAGCUAUCAUACCAGUUAUGCAGAAAAGGUUCUACAAACCCCUCAUUCAAUUCCUUGUUGCCCUCGCUGUCGGUACUCUUGCUGGGGAUGCUCUUCUUCAUCUACUUCCUCAUGCUAUGAGUACAACUCACGGCCGUAGUCAUAGUCAUUCACAUCACUCUCAUUUGGUGGAGGAUAACAGUCAUGAUGAGAAUAUACAGAAAGGAUGUGUAGCUAUGCUGGGUCUAACGUUUUUCUUUGUCAUGGAGAGACUGAUAUCACUUUGUGUAAAGUGGUGGAAAGGAAAACAGAAGAAACAUUCUCAUGUUACCGUCAUUGAUGAUAGAAGAGAGAGCAUUGAUCAGAAAAACGAAACUCAAUGCAUGGAUAAAUAUAAUUCCUUUCCUUAUUGUUAUAAGGAUAUAAUGGAUAAUCCACACAAUAAUUUCUGUGAAACAGAUAAAACGGCUACAACAGUAUUGGAUCCUGGUUCAAAAUCUGACUCACAAAAAGUCGCCAAAUCUUCCACUUUAGAGAAGUUGGAACCCAAUAAUCAAAAUGUAGAGUGUCCAUCAGAGUUGAAUAUUUGCACUGAAGCUAAUAAAAUGUUAACACCCGAACAUAAAAACGACGAUUAUACUGUGAUAGUAACAGAACACAAAAGUGAACAUCAUGGACAUUCACACAAACAUGGACACGUUCAUUCUGCGCCAAAGAAUUUUUCUUCAGUAGCGUGGAUGGUCAUUAUGGGAGAUGGGUUACACAACUUUACUGACGGAAUGGCAAUUGGUGCAGCAUUUUCUGGAAGUUUAGCAGGUGGUUUUUCUACAACGGUUGCUGUUUUCUGUCACGAACUUCCUCAUGAACUUGGAGACUUUGCAAUGUUGUUGAAAGCUGGAAUGACCAUUAAACAAGCUAUGUUUUAUAACAUACUAUCCAGUGUCUUAUGCAUAUUUGGCAAUAUUGCUGGACUUAUACUAGGUAAUACAGAAUAUGCCAGCUCAUGGGUAUUUGCAGCAGCUGCUGGCAUGUUCAUUUACAUCGCCCUUGUCGAUAUGAUCCCAGAAUUGAGUUCAGCUCAUGAAGAUGAGGGUAAUGUGGGACAAGCGAUUUUACAUUUGGGCGGCUUACUAAGCGGCUUGGGAAUAAUGGCCCUUAUUGCAUUUUAUGAACACGAUUUAAUGACAGUGUUCAGUGAAAAUUAAACUCGAGUGAUACUUUUAUUUUCUACUUAUUUUAUAGGGAUAAGAGUGGAGUUUAACAAUCAUAUUGGUUAGUUUUUAAAGAUAGUUGAUGUGCUUUUAGUUUAUAAAUAUAGAUACAAGAUAAACCGUAUAUUAAAUUUGUAGAUAGAAUAGAAUAGAAAGUUUUUUGCAUAAUUAUAGAUAGAACCAUCAUUUUGUCCAUAAAUAUUAGGUUUCACUAGUUAUUUCAUUUUGUAUUAACCCUCUACUGCAUAAAUUAUGAAAAAAAAAUAUUUGAUGGUUGUUUAGGCUUUAUUUGGGAAGAAAUUUACUUCAAAAAUGAAAAAAUUCACUGAGAAAAAAGUAUAGUCUAUAUGGAUGAAAUAUAUGAAAUAUAUGAAAUGAAAUAUAAAUUUAAUUGUUUGUCGUAACAUAAGAAAACCAUGCAUUUUCUACACUUUGUGUAAGUUUUUUGGCCACAAAAUUGACAUUUUUGUUGGUUUUUCAUCUAUUCAAGCAUAUGGUCUAUUUUGUUAGCUCUCACGGAGUUUAAAGGUACAUGGAGCAGGACUUCCGUGCCCAGAAACAUACACAACACACAUGUCUAUCAUAUGAAAAAAUAUUCGUUUAUACCAUUUCUUGGAUCUCAAAUGAAUUCUAUACAAACCACAGAUAGAGUCCAAUAAAUUAACGCACCUCAAUACCAGUUAUAUACUUCAAUGGCUUGAGGGCAAUUGAUAAUGUUUUUCUGUUCUAAAGUAUCUUAGUUUAGUAGUCGUUGGUUCACUUCUCACAUAAAUCAAAAGCAUAUUAACUGGUUUAUUAUCAAACCAUGUUACGGCACUAACAAUAACUUCAUCAAUGGGAGCAACCUUUUCAAUGAAAAAUCCGCGUUCUUGUUUUUUCAACCCCUUUUCUUAAGAACUCUGUUCAGGUGCACUAUACCUAGAGGCAAAAGUCUGAUCUUCGUAGGAUGUACCUGGAGCUUAGUGUUAUUGAACCAAUUAUCAAAAAAGAUCUUUGAUUCAUGAGGCUUCGCUGGGUUGUAUGGUUUCAAGUCAUGAAGAACUUUUGUAGGGAUUACCUAUUCAUCAUCUGCCAGAUAUUCCUCUUUCGGUGCUAGUAAAAGUUGCUGCCUAUGCCAUCUUAAAGUGGGCACACACACAAUUUAUCAUGACCUAGACUGCCCAAUGGGAUAUAAUUAUUUUUGUCAUUGAAAUGUAAAUUUUUUUUAUUCAAAUGUAUUUCAUGUCAUAACUUUGUGGCUGUCCUAAAGUCUUGUUCUAGUAAUAUCGUGGGAAGGUUAUUUCACUAUAGAUAUGAAUAUUAUCAUUCCAAUCAAUUGCUCCAUUUCUUGUUUGGUUAUGUUAGCGGGUUUGUUUAUGUUGUCUUGUACGGACUUAAAAUUAGAUUGAUUUGUUAUAGUUUGUAUGAGAUUCUCAGAAAAUAAAAACAAAAAUAAAUCUGCCGGUGUUUCAAGUUUUUCAAUAAACUCUGGUAACUGCGCGACACCAAUAAAUUAAAAACUAUUUUCAUCAAAAGCAUUUAAUUUUUUGGAAUCCCAUUUUAUUUUUUUGCCUUAACUUUUUUCUACAUGGCUGAUGGAGGGUUACUUUCAUCAUCAGAGCAAUCACUAUCUGUUUUGGGUAUAACAAGAGAUCGUUGAUGACGUUGAAAUUGUCUAGGGGACACAUAUUCACUAUCAGAAUCGGAAGCUAAUUCAUCAUCACUAAACGAGACGUCCCCAGAGAUAGUAUUAACAUAUUUGUGAGAGCCAUAAAAACGAACAGGAUCCAUUCUCCACCUCUUCCAAAUCUCUUUUGAAAAAUGUGUUUAUGGACACUGAUUGAAUUUCACACAAGCGCUUAGAAAACUGAGGUUAUAUCGAAAAUGACGUUAGACAUAGACAACAAAAAAUAUUUUCGUAUUGCCAACAAAACAAUUAUAAUGUUCAGUGUAGUUAUUGCUUGUGCGAUAUAACGUGAAAAAAAUAUUAAAACUGGUGAACCAUAUAUGGAUUUAUCUGCGGUAGAGGGUUAAGACAUAUUUGCAGAUUCUAAAAAUCAGAAACUAUUGUUUCACAUGUCCUAUACCUCAGCUUAUAAGAAAUUGCACUUCAACAUAAAAACUUGGUUAUAAAAGCAGCACACAGGAGGAGUUGUUGACUAGGAUUUUAGAAAAAGUCAAAAUUUCAUUUAAAGGGAAAAUAUAUAACUAUCUUUAAAAACUUUUUUUUUAAUAAAAGUAGCUUGCACAUGUGGUUAUCUGUAUCAGUAUAAAUAAAUUAAUUUCUUACAAAUUAUUGCCUCUGUAGGUGUUUUUAAGUUAUGGACUGUGUUUAUAGCAUUAAGACUUUUUAUACUAGCAAUGUUGACUAUUUCUAGGAAUGUUGGUUUUCUUUUGCCAACUUUAUCAGUUUUGAAAGAAAGUUAAUUUUUUAUUAUUUCUUUGAAAUAGUUGAUUUUAAUUGAUUUAAUAAAAAACUUGUAUUUAUAA